CGGAUUACAUGUGUUAAUCCCCAAUUGUAGUUGUGUAGAUGAGGCUUUCCACCUUGGAGUUACAAAACCUAGCAGAUGCAGUAGCUGUCACUCAACAAGGAGAUCAGUAGCCCCUCUUUUUGUGACAUUGACCAAGAUAUAAUAAUCUGAGAAGGAGAGAAAGAAUGAAGUCAAAUAUCUUAUGUAAUCUGUAGAUCCAAGUUCAAGAUAUCACGAGAAACUGGAAGCAGACAAUUAACUUUCUGCGCAAUAGCUGGGGUUGGCGGUGUCGUACGUGCCAUGAGUGGGGUUUUCCGCCGGGCAUUAUUGCCAGAAUAGAAACCCUAAAGCCAUGGUGCAUGCCACACUUACCGUGCCCAACUCUUGGACACACAAAGAAAGAGAGUGAGAGAGAGAGAGAGAGAGGAGUCCACCACUUCCCCGCCCUGAUCUCUUCUCCUCAUCAUCCUCCUCCUCCUUGGCUUGUCUCUUCUUCUUCUUCUUCCUGUAGUACUCAUGGAUUUGGUCUCUCCCACUGAGCACUUGUGCUACGUCCGCUGCACCUACUGCAACACAGUUCUUGCGGUUGGAGUUCCAUGCAAGAGGCUGAUGGACACAGUCACCGUGAAAUGUGGUCACUGUAACCAUCUCUCCUUCCUCAGCCCCAGACCCUUGGUGCAGUCCCCGAGCCCCACCGACUAUGAGAUGGGUCUUCAGGGUCCUUGCACUGAAUGCCUGAGGGGCCAACCUUUGCCACCACCACCAUCAAGUUCAAGUGAACAAAUGAUCCAGAAACCAACAUACGUCGUCAAACCUCCUGAGAAGAAACACAGGAUGCCUUCGGCCUAUAAUCGCUUCAUGAAGGAGGAAAUACAACGAAUCAAAGCAGCUAAGCCGGAUAUUCCUCACCGAGAAGCUUUUAGCAUGGCUGCUAAGAAUUGGGCUAAAUGUGAUCCUCGUUGCUCAACCAUCGCUUCGAUCUCUGGUAACAGUAAACUGCCUUCCGUUCCUCAAGUGGAAAGCAGUUGCCCCACCAUAGAAAGCUCCAAGGUUUACAAGCAAAUGGAACAAAAGGAUUAGGUCCCAGUAAAAGUCUGCAGCUCUCUCUCUCUUUCUCUCACUUCAUUGUGAUGUACUGAUGGUGGUAGUUUUUGUUGGAUGUUGCCCUCUCUCUAUAACUAAGAAACAUCUAUAAUGAUGUAGUACUUCCUAGUUAUGAUUAUUGACUCUUAUGCAUG